CAUGUGUGCUUCACUUGGAUCGUGUGUCUUCUUCCUUGCAGAAAGCAUUUAGAACAGGCACAAGCACGCGCCUGGAUGACCGUGUGUACGCCAUGUGUCAGAUGAAGUCGCAGCCACUUGUGCAUCUAAUGAAAAUGAUCCAUCCCAACUUAUACAGGAUAGACAGGCUGACAGACGAGGGCGCCAUACAUGUUAAUGACAGGGUAGUGCCUCAGCCACCUCUUCAGAAACUGUCUGCUGAGAAACUGACCAGAGAAGGCGCUUUCCUCAUGGACUGCGGCUCAGUUUUCUACAUUUGGAUUGGCAAAGGCUGUGACAGUAACUUCAUAGAGCAUGUGCUUGGGUAUCCUGACUUUGCGUCAAUCCCACAGAAAAUGACACAUCUUCCAGAGCUAGACACACUUCCAUCAGAAAGAACUAGAUCCUUUGUGACUUGGCUUAGAGACAGCCGACCAUUAAGCCCUGUCCUUCACAUGGUAAAAGAUGAGAGUCCUGCCAAAGCAGACUUUUUUCAGCAUUUAAUUGAAGACCGCACAGAAGCCGCGUUCUCCUACUAUGAGUUUCUGAUUCACAUUCAGCAGCAGAUUUGUAAGUGAGGUAAACAGAGCUGAGUCAGAUGAACCACUCCACGGCCAGGGGGAGCUCCAUCCAUCGGAGAAGCACACAGGGGACUUGACACGAGGUAACUGCUGUUAGAAGACACGACGCACAUCACUCUGUCUGAGGCUUGGGCCAGAGAUUACGGGAAGAGAGAGCAAGACAGAGCAGAGCCCUCCCAGGACGCUGCCACAGCCAUCAGAUGGAGUCGGUUUCUGCGCACUCUCAGGAGAGCAGCAGUGCUCUUCUGCCAGCCAGCAGACCUGAGGACCAUGGAAUGACAUGUCACAAUCUAAAACUAGAUGAAGUCACCAUACAAUUAACAUUGCUGGACUUGAACUCUGACAAGAGAUGCCAAAGGGCAGCGGUACUGUGGUACUCGUUUGUAUGAAUUACUUUUGAACAGGAAUGAUUCAUGCUCAUUAAAUGAAUUCAACAUUUUCCCUGUAAAGACAAUAGAGUUUCAGUACAUGAACUAUAGAAAAAAAUAUAUAUAAUGUAUAUAAGUGUUACAUUUGUAAAGAAAAUGUAAAAUGUAACUAAGACUAUGAAUUGCUUCAACCGUGCUGCAUUGUUGGAUGACAGCUCUGUCAGUGAGGGAAUGAGAUUGACUAAUGCAUAUUAUGAAUUAAGUCCACAAAAGAAACAUGAAACUUUGUUAAUUCUGUUAAAUCUUUUAUGUGGAUUUAUUUAUGAUCAGCCUACUAAUUAAAAAUAUUUUGCUUGACAGUUGGUUUGGUGGUUGGUUUGUUUGUAGAAGUUUUUUGGUUUUGGUGGUAUUGGUGAUACUUUUUAAUCAGUAGGAACCUUAAAUUUGCUGCUUGGAGAAAAUGCAAUACCAAGUUUCAUUCAUCAGUGAAUGAAUCCAUUGUCAUUCGUUUGUGGAUACUACCAAGUAAUUACUGUUUGUAUUCUAAAAACAUGAUGUUAUUUUCAGAAUACAUUUAAUGACUAAGCAUAAUCUUAAACCUCAUUUAAAUUAAGGAUUUUUUUCCUACCUAUUUGUAAUGAGGAUUUUUUAAGAACAUGUGACUUUCCUUUUUAAUUAACUUGACGAUUAUCAUAUUGAACUCUGAGAGAUUUUUGUUCUGAUCAAGAAUUCUGUCAUUCACAGCAGGUUAUUUGCUAUAAAAAUUGAUGAUGACCCAUUGGA